GACCGGCGCCUGCACCGUCCACACUCGAGAAACCUAAAACAGCUUUUGUCGUGUUUUCCUCGAAAUGCAUUAAUGAAUCGUGUACAGUGUCUUCUAUCUAUGUUAUAUAUUUAAAGAUUAAUCAGAUGUGCAUGGCAUACAUAUUACGUGAGUUCCUUUGUUAAAUUUGGGACUUAUUAACUGCGGAAUAACCGACGAAACGGCGAAGAUUCGACAACGACGAUGAUGUUCGUAUGUCUGCGAGGUCCUUGACGCGAAACCACCACUGGUGUUCAAAUUCCUGACAUGAGUCUCGUGAUAAUUUAAAAAAAAGACGGCAAUGGCAAGCUUAAUUAAUUCCACAGCAACUUUAAUAAAUGAUGCCUACAAUUACUACCUCUGGACGCUAUCCCUUGCCGAUGAACGAACGAGAGGAUGGCUUCUGGUCGAUUCGCCAAAACCUACAUUGAUAUACACUAUGUUGUAUUUACUCAUUGUAUGGGCCGGGCCAAAGAUCAUGAGAAAUCGAAAAGCCUUCAAGUUAACGUGGGCACUCGUUCCGUAUAAUCUUGCGAUGGCCUGUCUUAACGCGUACAUCGCGAUACAGUUAUUCGUAGCUUCCACCAGGUUACGUUAUAGUUAUGUGUGUCAGCCGAUUAGGCACGUGACUCGUCCAGACGAAUUGCAGAUUGCUCAUGCAGUCUGGUGGUACUACUUUAGCAAACUUUUGGAGUUCUGUGAUACGUUUUUCUUUAUCUUGCGGAAGAAGGAUAAUCAAUUAAGCUUUCUUCAUGUUUACCAUCAUUCCACUAUGUUUUCGUUGUGGUGGAUUGGUAUCAAAUGGGUUCCAAGCGGAUCUACUUUCCUGCCAGCCAUGGUGAACAGUUUUAUCCAUGUCCUCAUGUAUUCAUACUAUGGCUUAGCCGCAUUGGGACCCUCUGUAGCUAAAUAUCUCUGGUGGAAGAAAUAUCUGACGAUUCUUCAAUUAAUCCAAUUUACUACUGCCUUGAUCCUCGGCAUCAAUGGGAUUCGGUCGGGAUGCGAUUUCCCACUCUGGAUGCAGUAUGCUCUUGUCAUUUACAUGGUCUCUUUCAUCGUUUUAUUCGGAAAUUUCUACGCUAAAGCCUACAUUGCCAAGGGUAAACAAGCAUACGCAGAAAGACAGUUAGAAAAAAUGAAGGCGGAUACGCAGUUGAAGAAAACAAUUACCGGCGCAGCUAUGUGUAACGGAAACAUUACGAAUGGACACGCCAAUGGAUAUGCGAAUGGUGUAUCUAAGAAGAUUCAAUGAAUAAUACACUCCUAAGUCCUUCGUUAAGAUAUUAAGAUCGCUUGAACUACGGUAUAUUUAGUUACAAAAUAAAAGUGAACGGAAAUUCUUGAAAAAUAAUUCGAUCGGUAAUGAUAACUUAGAACCGGAAUCUUUAGUUCUUGCAACUGCCACUUUUUUCGUGAUGAGUGACGUUCAGUACACUAUACUUAUACAUAUAUCGUUGCAGAAAGAUCGAGUUUAAUAAAAGAAACCGAUAUUUCUUUGACGAAUUAAGGUAAACGCGACUAUAAACUUACCGGCCUGCGAUUUUUUAAUUCUUGGAUCAGCAGCACAAAGUUCGACGGAUCGCUGGUCUAAGGUAUUGUAAAUACAAAUUAGUCGAGUAUAUUAGCAGUUUAGUCGUCAGUAGGCGAAUUACAUAAGAUCCAGUGUGAUCAAUUAUGAUAACGUUAUAUAAGUUUAAACUAAGCGAUCUUUUGUGUUCGACGGUUCAAAUCUGCCUUGUAAAACAAAAAAAAACAAAA